GAAAAGUACACAAAAGUAGGAAUUAUCACGCAGCUAUUUAUCGAAACUUUGCUCGAGAAUAGAAUAUGUGAGCCAUCGCACAACUCGUGGAUGAUUCGCACUGCCCCCCAAAGGGCGAUUGAUUGUUGCGGUGGGUUGUGCUUGUGGCAGAAAUGUGCGAAAUGUUGUGCGUUACGAAUUGUGAAUAACAACAUAGGAAAGUAACUUUUCACGUUAAAAGAAAAAAAAAGGGUGGAACACGAACAAUCUUCCGUGCGGAGCAAGUUCAUCAAGAAAGUGGCCCCGUGGUUCUAACACAAUAUGGAAACAACGGCUGGAGGUGUUCCGAGGGGGGGCGUGGAGGCGGACGGACACUUGGACAUCAUCUUCGGCGAUGGAGCUGGAAGUGGCCGCAAGCGGAAGCUAUCGAUCAGCGAGGAAACGAUUGCCCUAGAGCCACAUCUUAAGCAACAGCUGCUGAAACCGGAACCCUGUCUGGAGAUAGCGCCACAGGAGGCACGGGCGAACCUGCUGGAUUUGAGCGACGAAAUUUUGCUUCUGAUUUUUCAGCAUCUGGAUGGAAACAGUUUGCUGCCGCUCUCGAGCACCUGCACCCGGUUGCAGCGCCUGGUUUACGAUAAAACGCUGUGGGUUGAAGCGAACUUUGAAACGUCUCGGCUAAGGACGAAUGAAGUGUUGCUGCGCGUAAAACGGCUGCAGUCCGUUACAAAAGCCCUGAAGCUGCGCGGAAUGACUAGCGUGUAUCCGGAAGAGCACUGGAAUGUACCGACACUGACGCCGGCGAUACUGCAGACAAUCCCUCUGCUGUGCCCGAUGCUGACGCGGCUCGAGCUAACCGAAGCCUACCUGGAUAUGAAUGAAAUAAGUAUUAUGCUGUUUCCGCGCACACUACGCACACUCGUACUGCGGAAGUGUGCACUGUCGGGGCAAAAUCACAGCCAAGAUCUGUACCAGGCAACGCCGCACGUGAUCUCGUUUUUGACCAACAUCUACAAGCACCUGGUACGGCUUGAGGAGCUGAGCAUAGAGUACUGUGCCUGGUUUGAUACGCAUGAUUUCAUAGCGCUCGGGAAGCUGCCCGAGUUGCGCUACCUCAGCCUGAAAGGAUGCGUAAACAUCAAGGACAGCGUCCCUUACGCCAGUCUGUCGACGCGUUUCGGAUUCAAGAAGCUGCAGGUGCUGGAUUUGCGCGACACUCCCAUCUCCGACUCGGACGUCAGUUGCUUCAACAGUGUGAAAUCGCUGCGCGAACUGUUGCUCGAGUGUCCGGAACAUCUGCGCACCGAGGGAGGCCUACAGGAGUACAAUGAGGCCGAGCGGCAGCGUGUGAAUCAACUGCAUCGCCUGGUUGAGCCAGCCGUGCAGCUGGUACGUCGGAAUGAAGCAGGCGAGCCUGUACCACCAGCACCGGCUCCAGCACAACCGCCAGCAGCAGCAGCAGCAGCACCGCCAGCAGCAGCAGCACCGGCUGCACCAGAUGCUGCAGAAGAAGCUGAGCCUCCCAAUUUACCACCACGCCACGGUUUGGUGGAGAUUCGGCUUCUCGGCGAUCAGGGUGUCGUCGUGCACAACUAUCCAAUUGCGUUUGGACGCCGACGGUCGCCUCCUCGUGCUUACGUAUAUCGUCAUCUUCCCGAACCAUUGGCGGAUGGCGCAGCACCAGCACAAGCACCAGCACCAGCACCAGCACCGGCGGAUCAGCUCCUACGGGUAAACCCUCCUGCUGUCCCACCACCACAACAACCAGCGGCACCUCCACCAGCGCCAGCAGCUGCCGCAGGUGCACCGCCUCAGGAUGGUGCUGAACCCGGCGAGAAUAAUAUUAACAACAACAACAAUAACAACAAUAAUGUGGAUCGCCAGCACAUAGUCCGCAUUGUGAAUCGCGAUUUGUUUCUACAGCGCCAGAUGAUGGACAGAGAUGAUCCACGCCGUUUUCUGCGUCGUCCUGUGGAACGAAUUCACCGAGCCUAUCAGCAGAUUUUCGAUGGCAACAACAACAACAACAAUUGGCAGAAUGGGCCUUAUGUGUUGGUUCCACAAGCUGCGGAACCAGCGAUACCGCAGGAAUUACCCGAAGGUAUUGUAGUCCGGGUGGAAGGCAUAGGUAGAGCUGGAGCUGCCGCUGGAGGAGCAGCUGGAGCUGGCGCUGGAGCUGGAGCUGGAGCAGGAGCAGCACCACAACCUCCACCACCUCCUCCACCGCCACCGAGGGCGGGCGAAGAGGAGCAACCAAAUAAUGGUGGUGGAGCCGCUGAUGUUGCACCCGAACGUGCAGCAAUAAAUGUACAAUUCCGUUACAAUGCAUCGGCGAACCGACUAGUGAACAAUAAUCCGCAGCUUGGGCCACAGCUGCAGCAGAUAGAGCAGCGGAUGCAGAGGGCGGUGGAGCUCCGGCUGCAGCGGAUGGCAGAUCAGCAGCCAGCAGCUGCGCCGCGUCUAAACCCUCGGUUAAUUCCGCACGUGAUAAUUAUACCGGGACCAGAGAACAUGCCGGACAUCAUUCAUCGAGCGGGGAACGGAAACCAUCCGCCGCUGUUUAUGCAAGCCUCGAACUAUGUGUCGCUCGUGAGUGAUCGCAGCAUCUGCUCGUAUGGCGUCGGUCGUAAUCAUGCACUGCUCGGUGGUAUGCCGCUUGUACUGACCGGUCUCGAACGGCUGUCCGUGCGUAACUACAAACUGGUGACGGACACGUCGCUGGAACAUUUAGAAUCGGCAGCCCCGCAUCUGCAGCUUCUCGAUGUCACUGGCACUUCCGUCACCGCUAAUGGUGUCCGGAGUUUCCGACUUUCUCGUCCCAGUUGUACGGUCGUAUCGGACCAUGAAGGUACUGGCGGACAGCCAACGACGCGAAACGAAGACGAACAGGAACAACCACCGCCUGCUCCUCCGGCUCCUGCCCCUUAAUCCUGCUUAAGGAACCCCUUAAUCGUAAGCAACAAUCGUGAAAUGUUGUUUCCCCCCCCCCCCCCACCCCUCUCCCACAAUGUACCCGUGACUGCCAAGCUUCUCCGAGUGCGUCGGAUAAUGAUGUCGAGAGAGCGGAUGCUUAACGUAAAUGUUUGCGUUCCGGGACAUUUAUAGGAUUAUGUUUCUCCAAACUGAAUGAUGUUUUCUGUUCCUUGCUUUUACACGUAUCAAAAUAUAUGGUAUGGAACUAUG